AUGCGACGCUUCUAUGCUGAUACAGAUGAACUAACAGAAAACAAUCUGAAUGUACGACACUUUGAUAAUGAACAAGACAGUGAUGAAGAUGAUGAUACAUUUGUCAAACGAUUGGAAUAUCUUUUAAAGAAAUCUUUGGACCUUAGUGUUAGAGAUCGACGGACAGGCACGCUCAAAUGGUUUAAUGUAGAGAAGGGCUUUGCUUUCAUCACUCCUGAUGACGGUGCUCAAGAUCUUUUCGCCGAUUUCUCUGCAAUUGGCAGCAGUGGAUAUAGAAGCUUCGAAGAAGGUCAAAAGGUUGCAUUCGACGUAACUCAAGGUCCGAGGGGUCAACAGGCGUACAAUAUCGUGCCAAUAUAG